GGUAACUGAGAAUAACAUGAUCGCCAUGAUAUAAGCCACAGUAGCGUACGACUUUUGCCUCAGGCUCAAUCAAAGACCACUGUUCUUGAUAUCAAUUCCACUGCCUCUUUUCUACCAUCCCACCCUCUGACAACCCAACCAACACAGAAAUCAGCACCGAAAUCCCAAAAUGAAGCCCAAUACAAGCAACACACCACCGCCCUCCCCCCCAGAAGACAAACUCUACCACCUGAUCCUGCUCAUCACCGCAAUCGCCAAAGACCCCACCAACAACCUCACAGGCCGAACCCGCAUCCUGGGGACCUACCUCUCCCUCGACACCGCCAAAGCCGCCGCAAACAGCUGCCUCUUCGACGCGGGGUACGAGCGGGAGUUCUUUGAGCGGUACGAGUCCCGCUAUAGCUCCAGCUCCAGCUCAAACACGCCCGAAGCAUCUCCCCCAGCCAACAACACCAACAUCCCCGGCCUCGCCAUCCUCGCCCAAACACCCGACGGCACGACCUUCCGCGUCUGCAUCCAAACAACCCCGAACACGAAACACCUGACGCUGGCCCUGGGCGACGGCCGGGUGCCCCUGCACCUGUACUACGUCGUGCAGACGACCGUCUCGGCCGAUGACGACCAUCCGAGGCUGAGCGUGCUGGAUGUGUUUUUGGCGUACCAGGCGGCGAGGGAGUGCGCGGAGCAAGCGUUAUUGGUGGGCGAGGGGCAAGGCCGAGAGUAUGCGAUGUAUGUGCAGGCGGCGCCGUAUGAGAAGGAUUGCGGGUUCGGGGAGGAUGUGGUGGUGCAUGCUACUGGGGUGGACGGGGAGAAUUAUUUGGUUAGUGUGUUGCGGACGGAGGAGUUGGAUAGUGUGCGUGUUGCGGAGGAGGCCGGGGAGAUGGCGGUUGAUUUGUAG